ACUGCAAGAGGUUUUUUCCCUCUGCCCCAAUCCUCUUUCCACAGACAAAUUUUAGUUUGCCUUUGACUUUAUUCGAUGCUGGUCAGUGUGCUUUCUGUCCGUCUGCGGGAAAGAGAACGAACUCGGGCCUGCGUCCCUGUGCUCCGCUGCGUCAGGCUCGGCCGCGGCGGGGACUUGGCCACAUGCUGCCACCCAACUGCUCGGUGGCGCACAGCUACGCGGCGGAGGUGAGCACGGCCUUGCUGCUGCUGCUGGAGUGUAGCCUGGGCACGCUGGGCAACGCCGUGGCGCUCUGGACCUUCUUCUUCCGUCUGAAGGUGUGGAAGCCCUACGCCGUCUACUUGUUCAACCUGGUCCUAGCAGACCUCCUGCUGGCUGCCUGCCUGCCCUUUCACGCCGCCUUCUACCUGCGGCAGAAGACCUGGGGCUUGGGACGUGCGUCUUGCCAAGGGAUGCUCUUCCUGCGGUCCCUGUGCCGUGGGGCGGGUGUCGCCUUCCUCACCGCCGUGGCCCUGGACCGCUACCUCCGGGUGGUCCACUCGCGGCUCAAAGUCAACCUUCUGUCCGUGCGGGCGGCCUGGGGGAUCUCGGUCCUGGUCUGGCUCGUGACGGCAGCCCUCACUCACCAAAGCGUGUUCCUCUCUGAGGCCGAGUGCCCCAGUUCUGAGCCCAGGACGGAGUCCUCCUUCAGCCUCGUCUGGCAGGAAGCCCUCUCCUUCCUCCAGUUUACCCUCGCCUUCGGCCUCAUCCUGUUCUGCAGCGCCGGCGUCAUCAGGACUCUCCAGAAGCGGCUCCGGGACCCACACAAGCAGCCCAAGCUGCAGAGGGCCCAGGCGCUGGUGGCCACGGUCGGGGUGCUGUUCACGCUGUGCUUUCUGCCCAGCUUCCUGGCCCGCAUCCUGCUGGCCAUCUUCCGAGGGGCGCUCAGCUGCGGGGUCCUGAGCUCCAUGGUCCACGCCGCCGACGUGACCGGCAGCCUCACCUACCUGCAGGGCGUGCUGAACCCCGUGGUGUACUGCUUCUCGAACCCCGCCUUCAGACGCUCCUACCGCAAGCUCUUCUACACCCUCACCCUCAGGGCCCGAAAGCAGGAAGCAGAGGCUCCCGGCUGUGAGCUCAGAGAUUCUUACUCCUGAGGAUGGCCAGCUCCCCACCUCACAUCCACGACAGCUACCCGGGGGGCGCUGAGCAGUCAUGAUGCUAUUUUGUGUUGCAGAGCAGUUCAGCAAAAUGAGCGAGCAGAGCCUUUACACAAUUCCCAUGCAGGUUCAAUCACUAAAUGACUACGACACAGUCAUAGCUGGAAAAAGAUGCUGUGGUAGACCGGUGACGUGGAAGGUGGUGGACCGGUGACGCGGAAGGUGGUGGAAGGCGGCGUGGCAGACGCGGUCCUGACUCUGGUGUCGGCAAGUCACUUUAUCCUUCUAUGCUUGAAUGCAAAAAAUGCAAAAACUCUAUGCUCUUUUUCUACCUACUGCACAGACUUGUGGCAACUGACAUGGGGAAGUGGGGCUUUGGGUCUAAAAACAGGUUCCGCAGGGUGUAAGUCCUGAGCUCGGUUCUUCUUAGCUCACAACUGAUGGUAAACUUGAGCUUCACCUGCACAGGUUUUACACAUCACCUCCAAGACAACACAGUCAGUGCCCUCGUUUAUUAUAAGGAAUACUUGCCUACUAAACGUCUCAAAAUUGCUUCUAGUACUUUUUUUUAAGUUUGAAUGUCUGAAUACUUUUGGAACUCAAUCUGCUUCCCCUGCUCUAAAAAAAAUCACUGUACUUUAAGCCUCCUGGGAGAAACACACAGUAUGAGAUACCAAUUUGCAUGUGAAAUGGUGAUUUCCACCCAAUGGCAACUCCUGAGGACAGCAGCUAGGGACCAGCCCGGGUUCAAGGCCACUGCAGGGAGGGUGGGCGCAGCCCCUGGACACCAACAAGGGCUGCAUCUUUUCCUCUCACUCUUCUUAAAUUAUGUCCCGAAUUUGUAGCUCAUGCUGGUGACAAAGGAUUUAGAAAGUCCGCUUCCUGUCUGCCUUCUCUCUCACUCUCUGUUCAAGGCGGUUGUGCUCUCCCCCAAAGGGACUCAUGUAAUACAGGGUCCCAUGCAGCCCACACCAGGCAGCCUCACCUGGAGCUGCACCUGUACUGCCCCCAGGGAGAGACCUCUGCUUUUCCCAGGAGGUAGUCCUACGAUAGCUGUAAUAGUUAAGGUUAAAACUGCUGGCAUUAGGCAAUAGAAAAGGGCAAAUCCUCACCCUCUCCCGGAGCUGUUUGCCUCCCGGGUAGGUUCCUUUUACCAGAACCAGACUUGAAAUGCGGUGUGACCCCCACUAUUGUGCUUCUGAAGGAUGUAGACCCUGUUGACACCAGUAUAAUGUGCCCAGUGUCCCCAGGGGAGUGAGGGUCCCAUCAGCAGCAUUGUGCUAUUUUCUCGGGUUUUAUUUCCUCCUUAGUGAACAGAAUUUCAAAGGGCUUAGAAGGGAAACGUGACCAGAUGAGAUGCAAAGAGGUCGAAUAAAAUUCUCUGAUGGGAACAUUCUAGGCUGUGUUUCUUCCCUUUCAAAGAAAAGAAAUGUCUCCAUUUUUCUUCCUUUGAUCUU